AUGGACGAUAUAACUGCCAAUCUGGAUCUGGCAACUCCCGAGCGAAGGACUGUGCGAAACCCCACUCCCGCUGUUGGCGGCACGAGAGGUCUUCGUCAUGAGAGAUCCAUGCCCAUAAUUCGUUACCAACCGCCGGUGAAAGGGAUAGGCCUUUCCCAUGUAGCCAGCAAUGCAAACAUCGUGCCCUCUGCUACUGCACCUGCGCGUGUUCCGCCCAGGCCACCGAGAACGAUGCCCGAGUUGCGAGAAGAUUGGUCUCAAGACAGCCAAGGUGAGCUGUGUCUACAAACUGCAAAAGAGCUCUCCAGGUCGCGCCCUCUUUCCACAUCUUCGUAUAAGACUUCCGUCUCCGUUCAAAGAAGCAAUUGGCAUAUAGAUCUAUAUGCUAGCUUCUAUGAAUUCGAAGAGUCGUUACGCUCUCGUGGAAAGGAAGUCGUCCUAGGGUUUCGUCCAACCUCUUCGAUGUCGAGCCCAGUGGCUAACCGCAUGUCUGAAGUUUCAGGGGCCGGAGCAGGCACCCCCUCAAGUCCUCUCUUCUCUGGCAAGAUGUUCAACACCCGCCCUGAAAGCGAUCCAUUCGUCUCGAGAUCAGUGCGGAAUUCUGCUUCUACUAGAUCGACUAUAAAUCCACAUGCAGCUCGUUACGAUGGUUCUGCUACCGGUACUGAUACGUCCGACCUGGCCUUCUUCUUGCGCAGCGCACCUCCACCCCCACAGUCUGGCAUACCUUUACCCCUGAAGAAGAAUAGUUUACGGGAUUUUGUGAAAAAGGUAACAGGAGGGACAAAGUUACGGGACCGUUCAAACUCAGAUGUGAAAGUGCCCCUGCCGCCUUCCGUGGCCGAAAAGAGGACUGCAUCAGGUCACAAAUACAUUGCGCUCUGCCCAGAAAUCGGACCGCCAGAAGCCUAUGACACCAUGUCGCCUGACGUUAGAGUGCCAUCGACUGCUUCACAAUCACAAAGAACGAGCGGCAGUUACCAUCAUCAGGUACGAGGUGGAUCAGCCUUUGAGUAUACCAGUCCUAGACUCGAGGAUUGGGUACAAAGAGAGACGGCGAGGCAGCAGCAGGAAGGCUUCGAGGAGUCAGAUACGAUAAAACUACCACGAAGCCGCAGCCAUUCUACGAAGCAAUCACAGCUGAUUGACUUCGACGUCAACGCGCUCGCAAGCUCAGCCAACAGCUCCCUUAAAAGUCCAGCUCGGGGUCUGGCAAAUACAAAGAGAUACAAAUCUCAAGAGGAGCACUCCAGUAGCACAGAACCCAACUCGCCUCUGAUCCCCUCGCCGCCCUUCUCGCGGACUCGCCGUGAGGUGUCUCUACCAAUCGCCUCACAUGCCCGACUUUUCGAGGGUGACGCACCACCAUCACCCGCCUCCACGUAUAGCCAGGAGCCCAUAGACAUGUCCAUGUUACCCUUACCCCCAGCAACCUCCGAGAAGGGCAGAGCCCUCAACAAAGAAGCGCGCCGCCAGUUGUCAUCAUCCGACGAGGCAGAAAUGCCAAACACCAACCCGACCCGGCUGCAACGCCACCUCGCGCAGCUCAUGGAGCAAGAAGGACCACUCCACUUCACGGAGUUCGAGCGGCCGCGCCCUCUCAACGUCCGCAAACCCAGUGCUGCCAUGCCCGGCACGCCAGAUGUAGACUUGGGUCCCGCCACCCCGGCAAAAGAGCAGUCCUCGUCCGCGCACGCAGCCGAUAUCAUGAAGCUUCUCAGCCCGACUUGCUCGUCGGAGGUCCCGAGUCCUGCCGCUCCCAGGAGCACAUCUGGUGGAUCUGCCUCGCCGGUGCGGCCUGUUUCCGACUCUCCCUCGAAGGAUCCCGACGACGACGACGACGAUGAGCCGGCGGCACCUGGUGUUGUGCGGUCAGGUAGCUACUCGCCGCGCGUCACGACGCGGAUCAAUGAACUGUGUGAGGCGUUGCUGAGGCGCAAUGAGCAGGUGAUGCGGCUCAACGCGUUGAACGACGCCUUGCGCGGCGAGGUCCGGCGUUGUAGGCGCGAGGUGGAGGAGGCUCUGGCUAUGCAGACGCGGGUCGGCAGAGAUGCCGAGGAGGAGCUUGCGGUGUUGAGGGAGGAGAACCGCCUUUUGGUGGAGGCGGUGGCGUUGUUGUUGGCAGGGAGGGGAUAG